UCUUCCAUAAUCACUCUAUGGCCAUUAGUUAUGGUUUCAAGGGCAGUUAUAAUUCCUCAAAGCAUGCGACUUUCUUCCUAAUCAUCUUAUUGUUUAGCACUAAAGCAUGCUGUGACGAUCAUUCACAUGCAUCUAAAAGGAGCGAUUGCUUGGAGCUUGAAAGGAGAGCUCUACUUGCCAUCAAGUCUGAUUUGUAUAACUCUGACCACUGGCUUUCUUCUUGGAGCGGUUAUGAUUGUUGCAAGUGGAAAAGAGUUGUCUGUGACAACACAACCAAGCAUGUCAUUAGGCUUGAUCUUCACUACCCACUUGAUCAAUAUGCUUCAUUUCCCAACAAAAGUAAGCGUCUUGAAUCUGUCCCACAACAACUUGUCAGGAAGAAUCCCAGUAGGCGGCCAAUUUUCAACCUUCAACGUUUCGAUAUAUGCUGGCAACAAUGGUCUUUGUGGUGUGCCAUUUCCAGAGUGUCCUGGUGACGACGCUAAUCAUUCACCAUCUCCAAUAGGAGAAAAUGAAAAAAGUGACAAGCUUGAAACAAUUCUGAAUUAUACCUUCAUUGUAAUGGGGUUCAUAGCUGGUUUUUGGGCAUAUUUUGGCAUGAUUAUCAUGAAAAAGUCCAUAAAAGUUACUCUCUUUCAGUUGGUGGAUAAGAUGUAUGAUUGGAUGUAUGAGCAACUCUCGCUGAAGAUUGCAAAGCUGAAUAUGAAAUGGAAAAAAUGAACUUAAGCCCUUGAACUUUCAAGUAGUGAAGAGUGAUUGCUUUCUUAUAUAGUUCGUCAUAUUUAGUUGUAAAUGUUAUUGUGUAUGAAGAAAGUGUGAUGUGAAUCUUAUUGUGUAUGAUAGUAUGAAAGUUUGACUU